AUGCGUAUAGUUGCAGCCCCUCUACAUCGUGUCUGUAGACAACACAGAACUCUGUCUACUUUUAUUGAACGGGAUGUUGUCAUACUCCGCCAGAAAUUGAACCAAGACAACAUCAUCGUGACAAAGCCUCUCAACCCUGCCAACAAGAUCAGUACCCACAAAGGCGACAUCUCACAUGCCGACAUCAUUGGCAAGAGCCCAAGAGACCUGGUCACUUCCUCUGCUGGUCACGAAUAUCGUAUACACACCAUCACUCUUGCUGAAUAUGUCAGCUUGACCAGAAGACUUGUGACCCCCAUCUACCCAGCUGAUGCAAACCUCAUUGUGAGCCUGUUUGACUUACAUCCAUCUGCUGCAGAGGAUGCCGAGAAGAUUGAAGUGCUUGAGGCUGGAACUGGCCACGGAGCGCUGACGUUACAUCUGAGCCGAGCUAUUCAUGGUGCCAAUUCUCAACCCCCUAGACCAGCUCUGGUAUCAGAGAGCGCAGACGACCAACCAGCUUCCCGCAAGGCUAUCAUUCACACCAUUGACAUCUCGCCCAAGUACUCCAAACAUGCAGCAAAAAUCGUUGCUGGUUUCCGUCAUGGAAUUUACGCCGGAAAUGUUGACUUCCAUGUUGGAGACGUGAGCGAGUGGAUCCAAUCCGAACACGUUCGCCGUGAUUCAGAAGAACCUUUCUUGACGCACGCCUUUUUGGAUUUGCCCGCGACCCAUGAUCACCUUGCAGCUGCUGCAUCAGCACUGAAAAAAGACGGAACGCUCAUCAUUUUCAACCCUUCAAUCACCCAGAUCCUGGAUUGCAUUCAAAAGAUCAAGCGAGAGAACAUCCCAUUGUUCCUUGACCAAACUCUGGAGCUUGGGAACAAUGGAAGUAGUGGUGGCAAGCCUUGGGAUCUGCGCGCCGUGAAGCCGCGUGCUUCAUCAAAGAAUCAAUCGACAGAUGUCGGUUCUGACUCUGCACAAUCUUCUGGUUCCGAAUCGCUGGAUGAAUCCAUUACUAGAGAUCAAACACAAGCCCUGAAAGAAGCCAAACCAGAGGAUCCCAACUGGACAUUCGUCUGCAGACCUAAAGUUGGAGAAAGAAUUACUGGUGGUGGGUUCUUGGGUAUCUUCCGGAAGAUGAAAGAUACUGCCCGACCAUAA